AUGAGUACACGUAAAGGGCAGUCGAAGUAUUAUUCGCCUGAUUUUGAUCCUGAAGAAUUAGAGAAGUUUGUUGAUAAACAGCGACGUUUACACAAAGGUCUUGGGCCGAAGAAAUUGGAUGUUCGAAUGAUGCUUCCGAUGAGUGUGCGGUGUAAUGCGUGUGGGGAGUAUAUGUACAAAGGGAAGAAAUUUAACUCGAAGAAAGAAACGGUAGAAGGCGAAGACUAUUGCGGUGUUAAAGUCUUCCGAUUUUACUUCAAAUGCACAAAUUGUAAGAACGUCUUCACUAUUAAAACAGACCCGAAGAACGCAGACUACGCCGUCGAGUUGAAUUGUUCAAGAGGCGUCGACGUCAGAAAAGACGAGAUGAAGGAAAUCGAAACAAAUAAGGUCAAACGAGAAGAAGAAGAAAAAGACGACGUCAUCAAAAAACUCGAAAACCAAAGCGCCGACACCUUGCGACAACUCAGAAACGUCGAACAACUCGAAGUCCUCAAGCAAAUGAAACGCGACGAGGCAGACGUCAACAUCGACGACAUCAUUCAAAAGGUCCGGCAGGAAAAAAUCGAACAUCUCGAAAAAUCAGAGAAAAAUGUCGAGAAAAUUAACUUUCUCAAAAUUCGAGAGAAAAAAAUCAACACCGAAAAAAAGCCGAAAAAAGAAGAGAAAAAGAAAAAGUCAACUUUUUUGUAA